AUGACUGGCGAUAUAGUAGUAAACAUUGUUGGAGAGCUGGCGUCUGUGGAGCGGUAUAUUUCUCCGGGGUGGACUUUGGAGCAAAUCAAGGCGCGGAUUGAAACAAUCACGGGGGUGCCGCCGGCCUCUCAGAUGCUGACGGUGAGAGAUCCCCACGGACACAGCCGGCGCUCUCUGGAGAGCUUUGGGCCUUCAACAACGGUUGCCGCAAUGGGGAUUACAGAAAAGUCGCAGAUCGACGUGUCAGAUACCCGUCCACGCGACCGAAGACUGGACUUCAAUGGCGAAGUUGAGAAAUACGAGAUGCCGCUGUCAGAUUAUGAGAAGCGAUCUGACUCUGUUCUUGAAUGGAAAAGGCAGAAUCGUCUUGGCAGGUUCCAGGAAGCGCCUUUGCAAACACCGACGCACGAAGAAAUUGAGGAAGAAUGCAGUCUCACGGUCGGCAAGGACUGCUGGGUCAAGCUGGCCAACGGAACGAAAAAGGCCCAGAUCGCAUAUGUUGGCUCGGUCGAGGGAAUCCCUGCGGGAACGUGGGUGGGUCUCAGACUCCACGAAGCACUAGGCAAGAACGAUGGCAGCGUCAAAGGCAAACGGUACUUUGAUGCGGAGGCCAAUCACGGGGUUUUUGUCCGUCCGUCGGCCGUUACAGAAAUUGACGACAACGACGAUCUCGAAGAGCUUUGA